UUGUCGUCAGCUCAGCAUGACCUAUCAUGAUUUAUCUUCCUUUUCCAUCAAUACCAAUUUAUCUGAUUGUUUCCUCACCACAACUAUAUGAAAACAGUGCUUGGAAUAAUUUGAGGAAGGAGACCGAUGCUGCUUGACUUUCGGUGGUUAUGGCAGGGGGAAGAAGGGGACCUAACCGGACGUCUUACUGCCGCAAUCCUCUCUGUGAAACGGGGGCUGCUGGGGGCACCAGCCAUUCCACCAGCUCUUCAGUAACCGGUGUGCGCUCACGUACCAGGAGUGGGUCAGGGACAGGCCUUUCCAGUCCUCCUCUGGCAACCCAAACAGUGGUCCCGCUGCAGCAUUGCAAGAUCCCGGAGCUGCCCAUCGAGAGGAGCAUUUUGUUUGAACUCCAGCUCUUCUUCUGCCACCUCAUUGCUCUUUUCGUCCACUACAUCAACAUCUACAAAACGGUGUGGUGGUACCCACCAUCUCAUCCUCCUUCUCAUACCUCAUUGAAUUUUCAUCUCAUUGACUUCAAUGUCCUGGUGGUGACGACCAUAGUUCUGGCGAGGAGGCUGAUCAGUGCUAUUGUGAAGGAGAUAAAGGAGGCUUCCCGCACCGGCAAAGUCUCCCUGCCAUGCUCCAUUUUCCUACUGAUCACACACUUUGCUGUCCUUACUGGGGCGGUUUGGAGUCUGUGCCGGUCCAUCUUCCACCUCUUCCGGACGUAUUCGCUCCUCAACCUUCUGUUCUUGUGCUAUCCAUUCGGCAUGUACAUCCCCUUCCUGCAGCUGAACUGCGACUUUCGCAAGAGUGGCCUCUUCUCCCAAGUGGCCACCAUUGGCCCUCGUGAUACGAACGAGGUUAGCGCAAGGAACAGGGACUACCUGUCAGUUCUCAAGGAAACCUGGAAGCAGCACACCCGACAAGCGUAUGGCGUGGAGGCCAUGCCCACCCACGCCUGCUGCCUCUCCCCAGACCUGAUCCGCCAUGAGGUGGAGUACCGGAAGAUGGACUUCAACUGGCGCAUGAAGGAGGUGCUGCUGAGCUCCAUGCUCAGCGCCUACUACGUAGCGUUUGUGCCCGUCUGGUUCGUGAAGAAUACGCAGUACUAUGACAAGCGGUGGUCGUGCGAGCUGUUCCUCCUCGUCUCCAUAAGCACCUCCGUCAUCCUCAUGCAGCACCUGCUGCCUGCCCGCUACUGCGACCUGCUCCACAAGGCUGCGGUGCACCUGGGCUGCUGGCAGAAGGUCGACCCUGCACUUUGCUCCAACGUGCUGCAGCAUCAGUGGACCGAGGAGUGCAUGUGGCCACAAGGGGUGCUGGUGAAACACAGCAAGAAUGUGUACAAAGCCGUGGGCCACUACAACGUGGCCGUGCCUUCCGAUGCCUCCCACUUCCGCUUUCAUUUCUUUUUCAGCAGUCCCCUGCGGAUCAUGAACAUCUUGCUUCUCCUGGAAGGGGGGCUCAUCUUCUACCAGCUGUACUCACUGAUUGUGUCGGAGAAGUGGCACCAGACCAUCUCCCUGGCCCUGAUCCUCCUCAGCAACUACUACGCCUUCUUCAAGCUCCUGCGGGACCGACUGGUACUGGGGAAAGCUUACUCGUACGCCGCCACCAGGGAGCCCGAUGCAAAGUUGAGCUGAAGGACUCGCACUUGCAACACGCACAGGGAGAAUGAGCAAGCCACCCCGAGGCUUCACUGGGGCGGCCUGAGACAUUCCUGCCCCCGGGGCCGCAGCGCAGUGCCUGCACGGGGUCCCUGGAGGGGCCGCAGAGGGUGCCGGGUGCAGUACAUGAGGAGUGGGGCAGCCAGGCCGGCCCUGUGCUUUGUAUACCUUUUUUUACCACUGCUUUUGUUCCUGUUUUCUUUGGUUUUUCUUUGAUAACUGAUACAAUGAGGAAAACACCUUAUUUUUGUACUCCCA